AAAAAUUGAGUUGUUUUGUUGAUCAACAUGAAAUUGAUUAUUGUAGCUUCACUGUGCCUAGUUUGUGUGUGCUGUUUGCCAAACCAGCAACAAAAAUCGUUACUAAAAACAUACUUAAAAUUAAAUGGACGUAUAGUAGGAGGGGAUGAAGCCUCGCCUGGUCAGUUCCCUUGGCAAGUUGCAGUUUAUUUGGACACAGACGAUGGUACCUAUUUUUGUAGUGGAGCUCUGAUUGAUCCUCAGUGGGUUCUAACAGCGGGUCAUUGCGUAUAUGGAGCAAAAAUAUUUACACUACGACUGGGAACGAAUUCUUUGGUAGAUGCAGAUCCAAACAGGGUAGAAUUCACAGUUACGCACUCAGUUGCGCAUCCUGAUUUUAACCCUGGUAAUCUUGAGAACGAUAUCGGCCUCAUAAAGAUUGAUUCUGGCGUAGAAACUACCGAUUUCAUUCAAAUUAUUCCUUUAGCUUCCACUCCAGUUGGUGGAAGCGUUCCACUUACAGUAAGUGGGUGGGGUUCCACAGGCGACUGGGAUGGGGCUGUUAAUCAUUUGAAUUAUGUAACUCUGCGCUCUCUUACUCUUGCCGAAUGUCGAGAAAUUUACGGACCUGCUGUUACCGAAGGCAUGUUAUGUGCAGUUGGUAAUACCAAUGAAGGAACAUGUAGUGGUGAUAGCGGAGGACCGUUAGUCGUAACAGAUACCAAUGGUGUUACGGUCCAUGCUGGUAUCGUCAGCUGGGCGAGUGCCAGUGGUUGCGAAACCGAUCAUCCGUCAGGUUUCACCAGAACGAGUUAUUAUCUUGACUGGAUUCAAAGUGUCAUUAAUGGUUAAUAAAAAUGUGUUCAACUCCACUCAUUCCACUCAGAAGGCAGUCAACAUUUUUGAACAAAAAUAAUUUCUGAUGCGCAUACG